AUGGCGUCGCCGAGAGGCGACGACGAUGAUCCUAGCCACCUGGCGAACGAGCAGCGGGCUGCUGACGUGGCACCCGCUGGAGAGCAAUCUUCGAUGGAUGCGGAAACCCCCGAGGCUGUGAAUAAGGAGUCGAGCGCGAAGGGCCGCGCUGAGAAGGGGAAAGGGGGUGGCUCGCGCAAAAAGCGGGAUCCGCGGGGGGCAAUCGGCGGAGAGGAGGGUGGCGGAGGAGCAAGUGGCGGAGCUGCGCAGAUCGGGGGGGAAGUCGAGGAAUUGCCGCGAACAGUGGUGAGGCGAAUCGUUAAAGCCAAAGUGCAGGAGCUGACGCAGCAAGCGGGAGGUUUGGGGGGAGCGGCGGGCGCAGGGGGGGAGGGGUCUGGGCGGAAGAAGGAGGUGCAGGUGGCGAAGGAUGCGCUGAUCGCAUUGUCGGAAAGCGCUAGGGUUUUCAUCCACUACCUGACUGCCACAGCCAGCGGUUUCUUUCACCAUUUUCUUUCAACCUUUCUGUCACAUAUUUCUCUCGUAUCACAUUCUUUCGCUCAUGGCCAAUCUUUCCUUCCUGUCACAUUCCUUCCUCCUCCUAUCAGAGCAAACGAUGUCUGUCGCAGUAACAAGCGGCAGACGGUGAGCGCUGCCGAUGUGUUAGCCAGCAUUGAAGACAUUCAGUUCCCAGAGUUCCUGCCUGCUCUGCAAUCCACACUGGAAGGUCAGCUCAGUUCCUAUCUUUAA